CCCGCGGGAUCCUUGCGGCAACUGUGCCCUUCCUGGCGCAGCAAGCCCCUGCCUGCCAAGAGAGGACUGCCUGGUGGGCAGAGAGAGGACUGCUGGGCUCCUGACAGUCCACCUUCAGGUGGGGACCCUUCCCCAUUUGCAUGCCAAACCUCAGUAGGUUUCCUUUGCUCAACUUAGAUAUCUUGUGCCCUACAGUGUCCCAUCUGCAUGAAAACAAGAUCUGCCUUCUGAGAUAUCAGCCUUCUUUAGGGAUACCAGGAAAAAUGGCCACAGGGUCCCGGAAAGCCAGGGUAAUGGCACACAUGGCCUUCAGAGAUGUGGCUGUGGAUUUCAGCCAGGAAGAGUGGAUGCUGCUGAGCCCUGCUCAGAGAUCCCUGUACAGGGAGGUGAUGCUGGAGAACUACAGCAACCUGGUCUCCCUGGGAAUUCCAUUUUCUAAGCCAAAACUUAUCAUCCAGCUGGAGCAAGGGAAAGAAACCUGGAGAGAGGAGAGAACGUGCCCACCAGCCACCUGUCCAGCAGAACCAAAGCCGGAACUCCACCUCUGUCCUUUCUGCCCUUCGGAUUUUUCCAGUCAGAAAUUCCACAUGCAGCACAUGCUGUGUAAUCAUCCACCAUGGGUCUUCACGUGCCUCUGUGCAGAAACUCACGUCGAGCCAGGGGAUCCGUGCCCAGUGGACCCGAAGCAGCAGCAACAAGCCUCAGAUCGAGAGCCGUGGAGUGAUAAAGCAGAAGGUCAAGAGACAGAAGUCGCCAAGCCUUUGUUUGGCAAGACAAAGAGGAGGACUUCGGGGACAUUCUCUAGGCCACCCCAAAGGCAGUCAGUCAGCUCUAGGAGUGGCAUCAGAGGCAUGGAGAUAGAGGCCAGCCCCACUCCGACGGGGAACCCCGAGGAAGCAGACAGACUGUUGAAGAGGAUAGAAGUCUUGGGCUUUGGAACGGUCAACUGCAGAGAGUGUGGACUGGGCUUCAGCAAGAUGACAAACCUGCUCAGUCACCAGAGGAUUCACUCCGGGGAGAAGCCAUAUGUGUGUGGGGUGUGUGAGAAGGGCUUCAGCCUGAAGAAGAGCCUCGCCAGGCACCAGAAGGCCCACUCGGGGGAGAAACCGAUUACGUGCAGGGAGUGCGGCCGCGGAUUUAACCGGAAGUCAACGCUUAUCAUCCACGAGAGGACACACUCAGGCGAGAAGCCCUACAUGUGCAGUGAGUGCGGGCGAGGCUUCAGUCAGAAGUCAAACCUCAUUAUACACCGGAGGACACACUCGGGGGAGAAGCCCUACGUGUGUCGGGAGUGUGGGAAGGGCUUUAGCCAGAAGUCUGCUGUCGUUAGACACCAGAGGACACACUUAGAGGAGAAGACCAUCGUGUGCAGUGACUGCGGACUAGGCUUCAGUGACCGGUCGAAUCUCAUCUCACACCAGAGAACACACUCCGGGGAGAAGCCUUAUGCCUGCAAGGAGUGUGGGCGCUGCUUUAGGCAGAGGACGACCCUGGUCAACCACCAGAGGACACACUCCAAAGAGAAGCCUUACGUGUGUGGAGUGUGUGGGCACAGCUUUAGCCAGAACUCAACCCUCAUCUCACACAGGCGGACACACACCGGUGAGAAGCCUUACGUGUGCGGGGUAUGUGGGCGUGGCUUUAGUCUGAAGUCACACCUCAACAGACACCAGAACAUACACUCAGGGGAUAAGCCCAUCGUGUGCAAGGAUUGUGGGCGAGGCUUCAGCCAGCAGUCAAAUCUCAUCAGACACCAGAGGACACACUCAGGGGAAAAGCCCAUGGUGUGUGAGGAGUGCGGGCGAGGCUUUAGCCAGAAGUCAAACCUCGUAGCACACCAGAGGACACACUCAGGGGAAAAGCCAUACGUGUGCAGGGAGUGUGGACGGGGCUUCAGUCACCAGGCGGGUCUCAUCAGGCACAAGAGGAAGCACUCGAGGGAGAAGCCUUACAUGUGCAGACAGUGCGGACUGGGCUUUAGCAACAAGUCAGCUUUAAUCACACACAAACGGGCACAUUCAGAAGAGAAGCCAUGUGUGUGCCGAGAGUGUGGCCAAGACUCUAUCCAGAAGGCACACCUCCUCUUACAUCAGGUGACACACCAGGGGGAGAAGCCUUACAUGUGCAAGACGUGUGGCCAAGGCUUCAGCCACAAGUCGCACCUCAGCAGACACAGGAGGAUGAAAUCUGUCCACUACAAACCGCCACUCCAGCCUGACUCUGAGGCCUGUACAGGACAAUCUCCUGACCUCUUACACUCUCUUUGAGAGUGAACGUGGUAGCAAGGACUAAAUAAAUCAUCAAAAUUGUGACACUUCCAUGAAAUGGAGUAGAGAAGUGCAUUCUGGGGGCAGUCAGAGGACAUUUGACUUAGUUCACUUUCUCCACACUAAGUCUUCAUGUUUUGGGGCCUUUUGUUCUAAUAAACAUUGCUUCUUUACGAAUCUGUAA